AUGGUCCGCCACAAGAAAGACUUCUCCAAAUCCGGCAAGAAGUACUCCAACGCCCCUCGCCCCCGCGGUCCACCGCGAAACAUCCCCAACGAACCCCUGGACGACAACGCAAGCGGCGAUGCCCCCGCCCGCCCCAGCCGCCCCAGCUUCAAAGCCGCCUGCUGGGACCUCGGCCACUGCGACGCCAAGCGCUGCAGCGGCAAGAAGCUGAUGCGCCUGGGCCUCCUGCGCGAGCUGCACAUUGGCCAGAAGCACGCGGGCAUCGUGGUGUCGCCCAAAGCGAAGAAGAUACUCUCGCCAGCGGACAAGGACGUCCUGGAGCAGUACGGCGCGGCCGUCGUGGAAGCCAGCUGGAAGCGCAUCGACGAGGUGCCCUUCUCGCGCAUCGGGGGCAAAUGCGAGCGCCUGCUGCCGUACCUCGUGGCUGCGAAUCCGACGAACUACGGGCGCCCGUGGCGGUUGAACUGCGUCGAGGCGCUGGCGGCGUGUUUCUUCAUCUGCGGGCACGAAGAGUGGGCGCGGGAGAUAUUGGCGAGUUUUGGGUAUGGCGAGGCGUUUUUGGAGAUCAAUGGGCGGUUGUUGAGGAGGUAUGCGGCGUGUAAGGAUGAGGAGGAGAUGAAGAAGGCGGAGGAGGUGUGGUUGGAGAAGAUUGAGAGGGAGUAUGCGGAUAGUAGGGUGGAGAAGGAGGCAGGGGAAGAGGAUGUGUGGGCUGGUGGGAAUAUGAAUCGGACUAUGGUGGAUGAGUCUGAUGAUGAUGAGGAUGGGGAUGAAGAUGAAGAGGAUGAGGAAGAGGAGGGGCCGGAUCCGAGGAAUCCGUAUGAUUUGCCAGAAUCGGAUUCGGAUGAGGAGGAGAUGGCGGAACUGAGGCGGCGGGUUUUGGCGUCGAAACCUUUUGCGAAUCCCGCACCUGCGGGCGAUGAUGGCGACGAUGGCGACGAUGGCGACGAGAAGAGACAGCCGGAGAGGAUUGCAAGGACGGAGCCACCACCUGGGCAGGAUGUCGACGACGAAUCUGACGAAGGCGAGGGUGACGGCGAGGACGACGAAUUUGACAGCUUCAUGAAUGCACAGCCGACGACGGACCGGACUGGCAUUAAUGCGAGGCAAAGACUGAAAGCUAAGGGCACCAAGGUUUCUGCGACGUUCACGAGCGCUUCUCUGAAGGCGCCAAGUCGACGGAGCUAG